AUGAUGCACCUUCAUCGCAACGACCUUUUGACUAUCGAGAGCACUUCUGCGUCAAAGCCAAGCCUCAUGUCUUCGUUCUGGAGCAUCAAUGUUCAAGUUCAGGUAAACUGUGGGGAUUUGAAAAGCGAACGCAUUCUUCAGAAAUCGUAUUCCCAUAAGCACUGAUACAUAGAAAGAUAUAGCAGAACCCUCAGUCCCCAUUUUCCCGUUUUUCUCGUUUUCCUAUGUAAGUAGUCGCCCGCACUAUAGAGACAGCGAGAAACGCGGCAAGAGGCGCAGUUGUCUUCGGGGUAGAAGGUUUAGAGACUCGUAGCAUCGGUGGUUCAGUGGUAGAAUGCUCGCCUGCCACGCGGGCGGCCCGGGUUCGAUUCCCGGUCGAUGCAAUUCUUUUUUCUUUGUCGCAAGGAUUUAUUUUCAGAAUAACGAGCGAUUGGAGCUCGACCCCAAAACGUGCUCUCAAUUCUCCCUCCCGGAAGUGACACAAAACGAGGGAGAAGUCACAAACGCUUCACGUCCGGCUCGCAGUCUUUCAGGUAAAACGAGUCGAAGCGCCGAGAAGAAACUCACUUCUCUCAUUUCAGUCACCGACUUGUGCACCAAGUACGAAUCUCAGUCCCCAUCGGCUUUACCGGUCAAUUUUGCGUCGGAGAAUUCAAAGAGUCAACCGCCUCCGUCCGCGAAGGAAGCGGCGUCUUGCCGUGUCGCCGACUGGCUCACUAACCUUGAUAUUAACAAGUAA